CUUCAGAAAUGGAACGUGCCGCUCCUGCGCCUCCUCUGACCUUUCCAACCCCGACGCCUCGACCGUGUCUGCCGCAACGGAGGUGUCGCUGUCCAAGCUGUGAUUCCGACAAAUACAGUGCACGGCUUCCCACCGGGAACCUAUUGUUUACCUCCACCGCGAGCAGCAUCUGGCCGGCCCGUGUCGUCACAGCGCUGAGUCAUCGCCCCGUCACGAGCCACCAGUUGGACACUUGAGAACCUCUCGGCCCUGCUUCCUCUACCCACUGGGCACAAGGGAAGGUAAGAUACAUAGAGGAGAAAACGGUUUGAGCCUGCCGACACCUAGAAAAAGGAGAGAGGGAGAGCGGGGAGAAGCGGAGCGCCACCAGAACAGCGCAGAACCCAGCAGAACUCCGCACGCCGCGUCCGUCAACGAAGAAAAAGUGCUGCCGUGACAACGCACCUCUGUAAUAUCGCCCUAUUGAUAAAGAAAAUCAGUCAAGAAGCAUGCCGGUGGACGUGGAGGAGAUUAUCCGCUGCAUCAGGCACGGGGACGUGAGCCUCGCUCAUACCCAGCUGCAGAAAUUCAACACGGAGUACGCCCAGUGCUUCUUCUUCGACGCAGAGGAGAGGGACAGGAGGAAACAAAGAAAACUGGAAGAGUUCAGGAAGAAUAAAGUGAGAAAGAGUACAGAUUCAGACUCUGACUCCAAUGAGAAUGACCCGGCAGACAGAGGUGUCCUCCUCCGACAGGGUUUGGCCGUGGUGCUGGUGAGGUUCAUAAGAACAGGAAUCCCGUGUUACUUGCUGCAAGUCGCUCUGCGAACGCUGAGGAUCCUCUCUCGAGAUAAGAGGAUCCUGGGCCCCUUGGUGACUGACAACGCUCUCCUCACUCUGGCCAAAGCGGCCGGGCUGAACUCCACUGAAGCAAACGACGACGAGCCAGACGACGAGCCUGACUCUGAUUUCUACGACAACAUCAUAGCAUCCCUCGCCCAGGAGGUCCAAACGCCUUCCUGUUGCGGGGACGACGGCGACGACAGCGAUGACGAUCCGGACCGAGAGUGCUCGUCGACCUUGGAAGACGAUGCCAAGCCAGACCUCUGCAGCAAUCUGGAUGGCAUCAGCCACAGAGGCAGCAUCCAUCACAAGGAGCUGGAGCAAGGGCGGAAGGACCGACGGGAGAGCAAAAUGGAGGGCGCGGAUGAGGAGGACGACGGCGUGUCGGGAGAGGAGCUGAAGAGGAAGGAGGCUUUGAAGGUGUUGUGUAAUUUGGUGUACAACAGCACGUGGGCACAGGAAAGGUUCAGCACUCUCAGGUUGAUAUGCGGCCUCAGAGAGCGUCUCUCCUCCAGCGUCAGUUGCCCGGCUCCCUCCAGUGUUCAGUUCUACGAAUUACGACUCACCUUCCUUGUUACUGCACUGCGACCAGAGCUCAGCGCUCAGCUUCAACAGGAGGGAGGGGUCUCAAUGCUCUCAGCAGCUCUGGAGGGCUGCCUGGAGGCGCAGUGGAAGGAGCAGUACGAGUGCGUGCUGGACCCGGCGGCGCCAGCCAUUUCUCCGGAGGCUUCUCAGCGCAUCAUCGAGAUCCUCAAAAUCCUUUUCAACGUCACGCACAGAUCCCACAGGCAGGCACCCACAGAGGAUGAUGCAGCUCUCUUCCGCCAUCUCGUGGCGAUCUUGCGUCUCUGCUUGAUGCGGAAGUGCGUGAUGCCUGAGGACACUGAUGAACUGCAAGGUCACACAGUCAACCUGUUGUCGGCGCUGCCCCUCCAGUGUCUUGAUGUUCUCCUGAUGGUGCCGCUGCAGCCCGACUCGGAGCAGUGCCACGGCCUCAACAUGGAUUGCGUCCAAAUCCUGCUGCUGUUUAUGGAGAGGCGUCUCGAAUCGGGGGAUAAAGUCAAAGAGAAACUGACGCCAAUCCUCAAUCUGCUGACAGAGAGCUGCCGGGCACACAAAGAAACGCGCCACUACAUCAGGAAAUAUGUUCUGCCUCCCCUGAGAGAUGUUUCUCAGAGGCCGGAAGAAGGCUGCACUGUGAAGAGCCGCCUGAUCCGUCUCAUGACUCACCUGGAUACGGACCUCAAACACUGCGCCGCCGACCUCAUUUUUGUCCUCUGCAAGGAAAAUGUCAGGCGUUUUGUCAAGUAUACAGGCUACGGCAACGCGGCAGGCCUUCUGGCCACCAGGGGCCUUUUGGGUGGCCCGACAUCCCGACACUCGUGCAGCGAGACCACCUACUCCAGCGACUCGGACUCAGACACCGAGGAAUACCGUCAAGUUAAAGACCGAGUCAACCCGGUGACGGGGCGAGUGGAGGCGGAGCAGCCGGACCCCAUGGAGGGCAUGACGGAAGACGAGAAGGAGGAGGAGGCCAAGAGGCUGAUCAAAAUCUUCAACAAGCUGUCCAGGGAUAACAUCAUUCAGCCAAUGGGGGUGGACGCUGAUGGGAAGCUGGUCCCGAUGGCAGGACUGCGGGAGGACAGCCUCACCGAAGAAUCGGCCUCAGAUACAGAUGAAGUUGAGAAGAAUCAAUGAAGUACAAUUUUAUCAUUCAAAUAUCCUUUUACUGCAGUGGUUCUCAAACAAAGGGCUGGGGACCCCCCGGGGGUCCGAUAACCGUACCUUGAGGGUCCUCAAAAUUAAUUAAGGUAAAUUUAGAA